CAUAUUAUUAUCAAAACAAUUAUCGUUGUAAUCUUUUAAUUCCAAAGAUAGACUAUCGAUUUUGUUUAUCAAUAAGAUAGCCAUUUGAAUUCCGAGAUUCAUUAGAGCUCGGUGUGAUAUUUAUAAUGUUGUUGCCUUGUUUACCAUGUUUGAGAGUGAAAGAUGAAGGUGAAGAUUAUUCGAGGCAGCUCGACAAGGACAUUAAACAAUGGAUCAGACCGUAUGAACACGCGAUAAAACUACUUUUACUUGGAACUGGAGAAAGUGGUAAAACUACAAUAAUCAAACAGAUGAAAAUAUUACACGUACAAGGAUUCUCUGCAACCGAACGCCUUGAAAAAGUUAAGUACAUAAGACAUAAUAUCCACGAAUCAAUAUUCGAUAUUGUCACCAAUAUGGGACCACUGGGCAUUGCUCUGCAGAACCCUAAGAACGUACAAGCACAGAGUUACAUACUACGUUGUGGUCUCGCGGGCCCCCCGGAGUAUAACGACUCUUAUUUCGAUAUCGUCAGACAAUUGUGGAAAGAUUCUGGAGUGAGAGAAUGCUUCAAAAGAUCUCACGAGUACCAACUUAUUGAUAGUGCUGAGUAUUUUCUAGAUAGAGUGGAUCUCGUUGAGAAGGCAGAUUACGUACCAACCGAUGCUGAUAUACUCAGGUGUCGUCAGAAGACCACUGGAAUACAGAAAAUCGAGUUUAAAGUCAAGGUGCCAAAGUCGAUGCAUGGCGGAAUCCAAGAUUUCUGGAUGUUCGAUGUUGGUGGACAGAGAGGAGAGAGGAAAAAGUGGAUACAGGUAUUCGAAGGUAUCAAUGCGAUAUGGUUCCUCGUGGCCUGCAGUGAUUUUGACCAAAGGUUAAGGGAGGAGAAUACACAGAACAGGCUGCAGGAAGCUAUAGAGCUUUUUGAAGAUGUCUGGCUAAGCAGGUUUCUAAUUUCAGCGGGCCUAAUAGUGUUCUUAAAUAAGCAAGAUCUUCUUGAACAGAAGAUAUCGCAAGGCCGCAGUAUUGCCCCAUACUUCCCCCAGUAUAAUCAGUUCCAAGGUACCGGUGACGAGUACACUAGGACCAAAAUGUUUAUCAAGAGUAUGUUUGUGGACAUAACGACUAAAAAUCGAGCCCGCAACAAACAAAUAUCGAGCCCUGAACGGUUCGUGGUGUUAGAAGCGACUAGACCCCGCGAGUGCUACUUCCACUUCACCACUGCCACGGACACAGAUAAUGUCCGCACAGUGUUUAGAGACGUGCAUCAGAUCAUACUCACGCAUAUAUUAAAUAAUAUUGGAGUGUAUUGACGUAAAAAAUAAAUUAAUAAUCUAUGAAGUUCUUUUAUUAUGAAUUAGCUGUUCUUCGUUAUUUGACCCCCGUAAAUUAUAGACUUUGUCAACCGCGUAUAUUGUAGGAAGUAAG